AACUUCUUAUCCUGUCAUUUAUUAACUGUUACGUGUUUUAUUUUGGAAUCUUUUAGCCGGAACUCUUUUUGUAAACGGCGCCUCCAAUCACAGUGGAGUGAAGCUCAUAGCUUCGUUAGCUUCGUGAGUGUUUGUAGGAUAGUUAACAGUAGUUGUUUGCACAUUCGGCUGUUCCCGCCAUGGCGUACCAGCUGUACAGGAACACCACUCUGGGAAACAGUCUGCAGGAGAGUCUGGACGAGCUCAUACAGACUCAGCAGAUCACCCCUCAGCUGGCUCUUCAGGUUCUCCUCCAGUUCGACAAAGCCAUCAACACAGCGCUCGCCAACAGAGUCCGCAACCGAGUCAAUUUCAGGGGUUCUCUGAACACCUACAGGUUCUGUGACAACGUGUGGACAUUUGUCUUGAACGAUGUGGAGUUCAGAGAGGUGACUGACCUUGUAAAGGUUGACAAAGUCAAGAUUGUCGCCUGUGACGGAAAGAGUGAGUCAGUCCAGAACAAAUCUGACAAAUGGUAAGUGUAAAACUAAAAUACUUUCACAGUUCAC